UGAGCAGAUUGGCAAGCAACGGCGGUUGUCAAUAAGACAUGUUAGAUUUUCACUUGCCCCUUCAAUCAAAGAAAACGAAAAAAGGAAACGAGACAAAAACUAUUGAAAACUGCUAAGUUGAGCAUCUGAAUCGGCCUUCGAAUGCACGCAGCAAGAAGUUAUUGCAACAUUACCAACUGAAAAGCUUUUCAUGGACGGACCGGGGAGCAAGAUGGAUGAAAGCAACAUUAAGAUCACAGUAAAGUUUACGACACAAUCGAUACCCAUAACUAUAUCACAUGACUCAACAGUUCAAGGCUUGAAGACCCUUCUUCUACCUCUCACUAGUAUCCUCCCUCGUGGCCAAACACUCAUCUUUAAAGGCCGAAUUUUGGAGAAUGAUAAGUCUUUGAGAGAAUCUGGAAUCAUCAAUGGAGCCCGGGUCAUGCUUGUGGGCAGUAAGGGUUUGCACCAAGGGGAUGGUCCAAUAAUGAAAGAGGCUCCAAGCCGAAUUAUUUCAAGGAACACUAAUGCAGUGAAUGAGAAGAAGGAAUUCAAACCUGAUAAGAGCCGUACUGAACGAUGGAAGGCUACCAAUAUUGUAGCAUUGGCUGACUGCAAUUUGAAGGAAAUUCCUGAUGAAGUGUGGCCUUGUGCACCUUUUAUAAGAAUCCUAGAUGUCAGCCACAAUUCUAUUCAACAUGUACCUGAUCGAAUUGACUGUCUUACACGUUUGAAGAAAUUGUCUCUUAAUGGAAAUGGUUUGUUGGAUGAGUCCAUUAGCUGGCCAGGGCUUACAAGUCUGAAGCUUCUACAAUUUCUAUCUCUAAGCCAAAACUGUUUGAACACUUUGCCUUCUACUCUGGGUCUUUUGACUUCUCUACAGCAGUUACAUGUAGCAAACAACAAGUUAACUUCCCUUCCAAAUGAAAUAGGAAAUCUGACUGAGCUUGAAGUUUUGAAAGUCAACAAUAAUAGGAUAAGCUACAUUCCUUCAAAUAUUGGCAACUGUACUCCCCUUAUUGAGGUAGAUCUUUCAUCAAAUCAUCUGAAUGAGUUGCCAGAUGGAUUUUGCAGUUUGCAUAACUUGAAGGCUCUGCAUCUCAGUAACAACGCUAUGACAAGCCUCCCAAAUUCGUUGUUCAGGAUGUGUACCGAGCUCUCAACGUUGGAUCUUCAUAAUACAGAAAUUACUAUGGAUACUCUCCGCCAGUGUGAAGGAUGGGAAGAUUUUGACAAGCGCCGUCGUGCAAAGCAUCAGAAGCAAAUAGAUUUCAGAGUGAUGAAUUCUGCAGAAUUUGAUGAAGGUGCGGACAAAAAUUGAGUUGAUCAGUUCGAUUACACUCGGCAAUUGUGCAAGUUACUGAUGAAAAAUGUGUCUUUUCCAUUUAGAUAAAAAGAAGGUAGCUUUUGAUUCAACUUUACUGUUAUGAGAACAAUUAUUGCAGGAUGGCUAAUUUUUAGCCCUGCAUAGGAUUUUGUCCCUGGAAAGAAAUUCUGUAAGUUAUGGGAACUUGUUGAAUUUACAACCA